AUGACUCAUGAAAUGGCCAUGUCCAGUAAGGAAAGCAAUUACUCUCCUCAGGGUUACGGCAGUGACCUGUUAUUAGUAGAGUCAUACGCAGAAAAUAACUUUACGGCCAAAUUAGCGUAUAAGAGUUUAGGACCAGUGGACAGAUCGAACCAGAAGUACUGGCUUGGCCUGGCCUCUCUAGAUGAUCUCAGGACAAACACAUUAGAGUCAGCUGCAGGAGUUCUAGUCUCUCAGUAUGCAGGUUUCUGGUCAUUGGAUCAGCCCGAGCCUUCAGCAGGAGAGUGUGUGGACGUUACGCUCACGGACGACCAGCAAUCUUGGGAGCUUCAGACCUGCGAGUCCCUUCUACCCUUCCUCUGUCGCGCAAACGCUUGCCCUGCAGGAUCAUUCCAUUGCUCGAAUAGCCGCUGUAUCAACGCUGCGUUCCGAUGUGACCGUGAAGACGACUGUGGAGACUGGUCAGACGAAGUGGACUGCCCCCAACACUGCCACUAUUACAUGGCCAGCAGCGGCGAUGUCGUGGAGAGUCCCAACUACCCCCACAAGUACGAGCCCCUGUCAACCUGCAAGUGGACUCUGGAAGGACCUCAGGGUCACAACAUUCUCCUGCAGUUCCAAGAGUUUGAAACGGAGAAGACUUUUGACACAGUGCAAAUCUUGGUCGGAGGACGGACAGAGGACAAGGCUGUCAGUUUGGCAACACUGUCAGGCAAGCAGGACUUGGGCAACAAAUCAUUCGUGUCAGCCUCUAAUUUCAUGAUCAUCAAAUUCAGCACUGAUGGUUCAGUGGAAAAGAAGGGUUUCAGAGCAUCAUGGAAAACGGAACCGCAGACUUGUGGAGGCAACUUGCGAGCGACUCCUCAACCCCAGACCCUCAAGUCUCCAGGUUAUCCUCAGAAUUAUCCUGGGAGGACUGGAGUGUCUGUACAUCCUGACAGCCCAACAAGGCAGGAUCAUCACUCUUGAGAUUCAAGACUUGGACUUGGAGAAGAACCGAGAUUACAUUCUCAUAAGAGACGGAAACUCACCGAAGAGCCCACCGAUUGCAAGACUUACUGGAAAAAUUGAAGACAAUCCACGAGUCAUUAUGUCCACUGA